AUGAACACCAAAGUAAUAGAUGAAAAUUCUUCAACAAAAACGAGUGAUUACAAUUUUGAUCUUCAAUGUGUACGACCGAAAAUAAAAGAUGUUAAUGAUAAAAGUGUAAUAUUAAUUGCUAAUAGAUUCAGACAUAGGUUAGAAAAUGACAACAAGGAUUUGAGAAAUGAUGGUUUUUACAUAAAUAAAAUUCAUCAUGUUCAAACAGAGUUAAAAAUUACAGCAAUUGCAAUUAUUUUAGAAAAUAAAGUAAUUUGUAAAACAAAAUAUCCCUUUAAUCGAAAAAUUCAUAAAUUGCUGUUUCAAAGUAAAUCAUUAAAUUAUAAUUAUUUGGCUAUUCAAAUAAUUGCUCAAGGGGGAAUUCACAGUACACUUCCACUUUACUUGCCAAAAGUUGAUGAAAAGAAUAUGAAAAUUGAAACACAAUUUGGAAUAGAUGAUGCUUUUGGAAAUUUUCAUUCUGGUACUAUUCACUAUACUGUAUCGUCAUCUAAUCAAGAACAGUAUUCUGAAGUUGAGCAAACGUAUAUUUAUCCUAUAGUAAAUGAUCCGAAUGAUCCUAGUCAUAAUAUAUUUUACUUCCGACCAAGUGCUCUAGUUCAAAAGAAUGUAGGAUAUUUAUUACUAGACCAUUAUGCUCUAAAACUUAAAGACAUCUUUAGAAAAGAAAAUAUACAAGAAAAAAAUCAGUCAAAGUCUUCAAAUAUAUCAGUAUCUGAAAGUAAUAUGUCAUUAUUGGGUCUUAGAAAUUUUAUUCAAGGCAAAAAGUCUGUAGAACUUCAAGAGAUGUCAAGAAGCUACAUUAAUAAAAAACCUGUUCUUUCAAUUACUAUUCUAAGAGGUGUUGAAGUUCCUGUAAGAGAAGAAUCUGCAACGGUUGAACCCUUAAUAGAAAUUCAAUGGGGCGAUACUUUUCGAUCUACAUUACCAGCAGAUGGGCCAGCUCCUGUAUGGCAUCAAGUUCUUUCUUUUCCGGUACUUAAAAUUUGCGAUCAAAAAUAUAUUGAUAUACGACUAUUUGAUCAACAUCCAAUAUGGGGUAUGCAGUGGCUCGGAGAAUGUAAAAUUCCUAUUGAGUGUUAUGGAGAAUAUGAAGAAUUUGAAAGAUGGAUUGAUUUAUCACCUCUCCAAAGUCCAUUUUUAUCUUUUGGAUACGUACAGGUAAAAAAAACCUUCAUUAGUUAA